GGGCCCAGGGACAGCGAUGAAGGGUCUGAGCCACCUGCUCCGCGCCGAGGGGGAUGCCGUGCGGGGAGCCAUGGCAGCCAGCCAUGAGGGCUUAUUGCCAGAUGAGAGAGAAUUUCAGUAUGCUGCUAAAAUGAACAAUUUGGAAACCAUGGAAAAGCUGUUUAAAAAGAAUGUUAAUUUAAAUGCUGUAGAUACUCUGAACCGCACUGCGUUCCAUUUUGCUGUUGCGGGAGGUCAUGUGUCAGUGGUGGAUUUUCUUCUUCAUCACAAGGCUAGGCUUGACAUUUCAGAUCAGCAUGGCCUGACAGUGAUUCACCUCGCAGCUUGGACUGGAAAUCUGGAUAUAAUGCGAAAAUUAGUUAAAGCAGGUGCUGACCAAAAGGCUAAGAAUGAGGAAGGAAUGAAUGUACUGCACUUUGCAGCUCAGAACAACAGCAUUAAAAUAGUUGACUAUUUUCUCCAAGAGCUUCUUCUGAAUGACUUAAACAAGCCUGAUGGGAAAGGUAAAAAGCCAUUUCUUUUGGCUUCUGAGAAAGGCCAUGUUGACAUGAUAAACAAUUUGAUUUCUCUGAAGCUGUUCACAUCUGAAAAAGAUAAGGAGGGAAACACAGCAUUACAUUUAGCAGCCAAAAAUGGUCACAGUGAAGUUGUAAAAAUUCUGCUUGAACAGUGGGAGGAAAUAAAUGACCUCAAUCAGAAUGGAGAAACUGCAUUUUACUUGUCUGUUAAAGGAGGUCAUGAAAAAUGUGCUGAACUAUUGCUGGAUGCAGGGAGCGACAUCAAUGUUUUAACUCAGAACAAUAGCAGUGCUUUGCAGGUUGCAAUUCAGAAUGGACAUCUAUCCUUGGUUACUUUUCUUAUUGAUAAGAAUAUUGACCUGGUUCCUAAACCUGAGCAGAAGAAUUCCCCUCUCCAUUUAGCAGUCAUCGGUAAUAAUCUACCAGUAGUAAAAAGCCUUUUGGAUGCCAAUCAUGAUAUAAACUCCCUAAACAAUAGGCAGGAAACCCCUCUGCAUUUGGCAGCUGAUCUUGGUAAUGUGGAGUUGGUGGAAGUGCUGCUUAAGGCAGGCUGUGAUCUCAAGACCAUGGAUAAGCAUGGAAAAACUGCACUAGCUGUGGCAUCAAGGAGCAAUCAUGCCCUCAUUGUAGAUAUGAUCAUUAAAGCAGAAAGGUAUUACACCAUGACACAGACACAUCCAGCUCACAAUGAUGAUGGCUCAGACUUCAGUGUGUCCUUCAAACAAGAUCAUAGUACACAGACCAAGCAAAUCCGUUCCUCCCUUUGGAAUCUAGCAUACAACCAGUUAAAACCCCGUGAAUGGAAAAAAUUGGCCAUAUUCUGGAAGUUCACAGAUGAACAAAUUAAAGCCAUUGAAGAACAGUGGACAGGGAAAAAAAGUUACAAGGAACAUGGAAACAGAAUGUUGCUCAUCUGGUUACACGGCACGCUGCUGGCUCAUCAGAAUCCUGUCAAACAUCUAUAUGAAGAUCUGGUGGCAGCAGGAUUUCAGCCUUUAGCUGAGAAGAUCAGAGCUUCAAUUAGCGCUGGCAUGGACUCCAGAAAAUGUGCAGUUUCAUGAGUUCAUCAGUAAAACAUGGCAUAUAUGGUGGAAUUACAUGUCAGAUGGAAAAUGACUUUCAAAUAAUCUUUUCUGGAAACAAAAACCUUUUUUUUUGAAGUUGUACAACUUUUUCUAAGCUAGAAGAACUUGCAGUCUUGAAAUGUAGGUAACUUCUUUCUCAAAUGCUUGCUAUACAACAAUUUAAGGAACUUAAGAGUGAAUGGCUGACUGGUAAUUUAUGACUAUACUGCUAAGCAAGAGCCACCCCUUGCAAUUUCUACACCUCACUUAACAUUGAUGCACUAAUUCCAUAUUGGAACUGCAAUUUAAGCUAUUUUAUGUUCGAAGUGAAAUGUAAAUAAGAUGUUUUCUACUGAAAAAUUAAAUUUAAUAAGUAAAGAUAAAUUAAUAAGUAAAAAAUUAAAUAAAAUAAGUAAAAAAUUUGUAUAAAUAAAUUAACACUUCCAGAAAUAGGCUGGCACGUGGCCUCGUUUGAGAUUCAGCUUGACAAGUCAUUCUUCUUCAGCAUUUGAAUUAUAUAGUGAAAUACACAAAAAUAUCAUGUCUAAACCCAAGUAUGCUGGCUACAGAAUUUUCUA